UUAUCAUUCACUAAUCUUGGAUGAUGGCACCGAAGUCAGGGAAAGGAGCUAAGAAGGCUGGCAAGGGCCGCCGAAUGGGCAAGGAUUCCAAGAGGAGGAGGAGGAGAAAGGAGUCUUUCGGUAUCUACAUCUACAAGGUGCUCAAGCAGGUGCACCCCGACACCGGUGUCUCCAGCAAGGCCAUGGGCAUCAUGAACUCCUUCGUCAACGAUGUCUUCGAGCGUAUCGCUGGCGAGGCUUCCCGCUUGGCUCUCUACAACAAGCGCUCCACCAUCAGCAGCCGGGAGGUUCAGACCGCCGUCCGUCUGCUGCUGCCUGGCGAGCUGGCCAAGCACGCCGUCAGCGAGGGCACCAAGGCCGUCACCAAGUACACCAGCUCCAAGUAAACGACGGGAGUCAGAAAAACCACCGGCCCUUUUCAGGGCCACCCAAUUUCACCAAAGGACUGUGUCAUUCCCACAAUAUUGUACACACAAUAUAUUUUUCACACAAUAUUGUUUGCAUCGUCUCAGUUGACUAUCAACCCACGUACUACUUGUAUAUAACAUCCAUCUGUAAACUUUGAUGCUUUUUAGAUGUGUUUGUGUAACGUUAUAUGUACUUGGUAAAUUAUGGGCCGUCGAGCCUGAAAUAAAUAAACGGUACACUUUAUGUGAUAUGUGAAAA